AUGCGAUCCCAUGAAGCUCUCCAGGGUGCAAUGUGGAUGGCACGGGAUUACGGCCUGUCAGUAAACAUCUGGGGCCGCGGCGACGCCAAACUCGGCGACGGCCCCUCAUACAUGGGCAUGGCCAUCUACGAGCACGGCUCCUCAACCUGCGAACUACACCAUAUACGCAACCCCACCGACGACAACUUCAUCUAUGACCCACGCACACAGCCGCUCGAAGACCCCGUCCUCAAGGGCCGCUGCGAGCUGGCUUGUCUCUCUUCGGCGCAGGCGCAGGCGCAACAAGCUACUAGCCUGCUCGCUACGUUUGGCAACGACAAAACCAACAUCCCCGAGUUCGGCGUCGGGAACUGCCAGGACUGGGUUGCUGGUGCUGUGGGGGUGCUUGAGCGGGCGGGUAUCGUUGUUGUUUCUUCUGGGGAAGAAGAAGGGGAGUUCUGGAAGAGGAUGAUUAAUAGGAGUUCGGAGGAGAUGAAACAUGCAUGCCUUGCAACGGGCAGGAAGUGGAUUGACGGUCCGGAGUCGACGUGGGAAGGCGAGCCUGAUGCAAGGUUUGGGGAUGGAGAGAAGACGCCGCCUGUGGGCAAGUUGGUUCAGAAUGAGGCGUUUCGCGCGCGGAUGCAGUCGCUCUCUCUGAGUCGUGAUAAUGCUGUCGAACGGCCGUUCUAUGUAUCGAGUCCUUUUUUUAGCAAUUCCAACAAACAGACGAGUGAUUUCGAAGGUGGCAAGUGA